GGGGACACAAGGGGACACAGGGGACACAAGGGGACACAAGGGACACAGGGGACACAAGGGGACACAGGGGACACAAGGGGACACAAGGGGACACAGGGGACACAGGGGACACAAGGGGACACAGGGGACACAGGGGACACAAGGGGACACAGGGGACACAGGGGACACAGGGGACACAAGGGAACACAUGGGACACAGGGGACACAAGGGGACACAGGGGACACAAAGGGACACAAGGGGACACAAGGGGACACAGGGGACACAAGGGGACACAAGGGGACACAGGGGACACAAGGGGACACAAGAGACACAAGGGGACACAGGGGACACAAGGGGACACAGGGGACACAAGGGGACAGGGGACAUAAGGGGACACAAGGGGCACAAGGGGACACAGGAGACAGAGGAGUCAGCAAGUAAGUUUGUGGUCUGUUUAUGUAAUUUUUAUAAAGAUGUUUGGGUCAAAAAUAAGGAGACUAUUCUUUUACUAAUCGUUUAGGUUGAAAAGAAAAUUCGCUUAAGAUCCUGUGGAGCAUUUUUGGAAGGCUCCUAUGGGGACACAGGGGACACAAGGGGACACAAGGGGACACAGGGGACACAAGGGGACACAGGGGACACAAGGGGACACAGGGGACACAAGGGGACACAGGGGACACAAGGGGACACAGGGGACACAAGGGGACACAAGGGACACAAGGGGACACAGGGGACACAAGGGACACAGGGGACACAAGGGGACACAGGGGACACAAGGGGACACAGGGGACACAAGGGGACACAAGGGACACAAGGGGACACAGGGGACACAAGGGGACACAAGGGGACACAGGGGACACAAGGGGACAGGGGACAUAAGGGGACACAAGGGGCACAAGGGGACACAGGAGACAGAGGAG